UAUUUCAUCAUUAGUUUAUGUAAUUUAUAUGAAUGAGAUAUAUUAAUGGUCAAAUAUACUAAACUUAUAAUAACGACGGGGAGAGUGUAUAUAUUUAAUUGAAUAAUUUCUUUUUUAUUGUUCACAACACAUAUUUAUAUAUACAAGUCUAACAUUCAGAUUUUCUUUUUUCUCGCUAGCCUUAAUUAAUAUUUUGAGAAAACCAUGGAAGCGUUGGGUGUAAUAUGGGAAGUUGCUAAAAGUUUGUUCAGUUGCACAAAUGCACAAGCUGCCUAUGUUUAUAAGCUGCAGGAGAAUCUGGAAUCAUUGAUGGAAAAAUGGGAAGAUCUUCAAAACAAGAAAAAGGAUGUGCAAACAGAAAUUGAUAGAGCUGAGAGCACAGGACUCAUGAAAAGAACAAAUGAAGUGAUUGGUUGGCUACAUGAAUUUCUAAAACUUGAAGAGACACUACGCCAAAAACUGGAAUAGACAGCGCAUCUUAGAGGACGCUUUAUUACAAAAGCGCACUCUAAAGUGAAGCGAAAAAAUAAGGAGCGAACAACUGGAAUAGACAGCGCACUUUAGAGGGCGCUUUUGUAAUAAAGCGUCCUCUAAGGUGAAGCGAAAAAAUAAGGAGGAGAUAGAGGGACAACAAUACAGGGCGCUUUUAAAAAAACGCUCUAUAAGUCCAUGUGCAUUUCCAGUUUAUAAAGCGCUUUUGGAAAGCCUUAGAGAGCGCUUUCAUAAGCGCCCUCUUAGACCCCCUUUAGAGGGCGCUUUUUUUCUACAAGCGCCCUCUAAGGUCCCCUUUAGUAAACAUUAAAAUUAUAUCAUACUGCGCGUUUUGUUAUUUCACUCUCUGUUAUUUUUGUUCUUUUUCACGUUAGGGUUCUCACUGCUACGAUUUUCGCUACUUCUAAGGCGUUCUCCUUCCACCUCUGUUAGAUCUCGACGUUUCCUCCUUCUAUUAAUUCGUUGUUAGCUGUUCGAUUUUGACACCAUAGAAAAAGGAGGCAACAAUAUCUAAAACACCUUCUACCAAUCAAAGUAAUGGAUAAUACAUGGAUGUCUUCCAGUCGAUUAUCGAGAGAGUACGAGAAUGGGGUAUCAGAAUUCGUUAAGUUUGCCGUUGUGCACGCCGAAGACCCCAGUAGAAUGAUAUGUCCUUGCUUGGGUUGUUGUUAUGGGAAACGGGUUGACGCAGUUCAGUUGACAUCGCAUCUAAUGAGGCAUGGAAUUCGAAGUUAUACAUGUUGGAAUUUGCAUGGUGAGAAAAGUAACGAGAAUGUUGAACCGGGGGAUAGUACGACCUAUGCCUCAAACUAUAGUGGCGCAGAUACAUACGAUUGUGAUCGAGUUGAAGAGAUUGCAGAAGCACUUGAAGGAGAUCUUAAGGAUUGUCCCGAAAUGUUUGAGAGGUUGGUAAGUGAUGCAAAGAAACCUUUGUAUGAUGGUUGCACUAAAUUCACAAGAUUGUCUGCGGUGUUAAAGUUGUACAACUUAAAGGCGGGCAAUGGAUGGUCGGAUAAAAGUUUCUCAGAGUUAUUAGCCCUUUUGAAAGAUAUGCUUCCUAAGGAUAAUGUUCUUCCCAAUCGAACAUAUGAGACCAAAAAGAUGUUGUGCUCUAUUGGCAUGAGCUAUGAUAAGAUACAUGCAUGUCCAAACGAUUGUGUUUUGUUUCGAAAUGAGUAUGCAUCGCUAAAUGAGUGUCCUAAAUGCGGUAUCUCGCGAUAUAAGAACAAGUUGUCUCCAGCAAAAUUCUUGUGGUAUUUUCCUGUUAUUCCGAGAUUUAGACGCAUGUUUCAUAGUGAAACCGAUUCAAGACACUUGACCUGGCAUGCAGAUGAAAGAAUUAUAGAUGGAAAGUAUCGACAUCCGGCAGAUUCACCACAGUGGUUGAAAAUUGAUAAUGAUUAUCCUGAAUUUGGAGAAGAAUCAAGAAACCUUCGCUUGGCAUUAUCUACUGAUGGAAUGGACACACACGGUAUCCAGAGUAUCUCACACAGUACAUGGCCUGUGAUUAUUAUGAUUUAUAACCUACCUCCAUGGCUAUGUAUGAAGCGUAAGUACAUGAUGUUGUCUAUGUUGAUUUCUGGACCUAAACAACCAGGGAAUGACAUAGACGUGUACUUGAAGCCCUUAAUCGAAGAUUUAAAGAUUUUGUGGGAGACCGGUGUGGAGGUUUAUGAUGGAUAUGGGAAAGAAAGUUCCAACUUGAGGGCGAUGUUGUUUGGCACAAUUAAUGAUUUUCCAGCAUACGGAAAUCUAUCAGGGUAUAGCAUAAAAGGUCAAUGUGCGUGUCCUAUUUGUGAAGAUAAAACAGAUUGGAAGCGCUUGGAGUUUGGUCAGAAGAAUGUCUUUCUCGGUCAUCGGAGAUUCUUAAAUUCAAAUCAUCACUACCGUGGAUGGAGAAAGGCGUUCAAUGGAGAGAUAGAACAAGGCAGAGCUCCACCUAUAUUGACGGGUGAUCAAAUUUUUGAAAAGGUGAAAGAUUUGGAUACUCAGUUUGGCAAGCCUUUUACCCACACACUUGUCAAAAGUGGGUGGAAGAAGAGGUCAGUUUUUUUUGAAUUGCCGUAUUGGAAGUCCUUGUAUGUGAGACAUUUUCUUGAUGUUAUGCAUAUUGAAAAAAAAUGUAUUUGAAAGUGUUAUUGGCGCGUUACUCAAUAUACAAGAAAAGUCUAAGGAUGGCCUUAAGGCAAGAAAGGACUUGAUAGCGAUGGGAAUAAGAACUGAAUUAGGACCCUUGAAGAAAGGAAAACGAACAUAUCUACCGCCUGCUGCUUAUACUCUAUCUAGAAAGGAGAAAAAAACAUUGUGUAAGUUUCUAAGUGAAGUUAAAGUUCCAGAAGGGUACUCUUCAGAUAUUAGAAGACUUGUGUCUAUGAAAGACCUCAAGUUAAAGAGUUUAAAGACCCAUGAUUGCCAUGUUAUAAUGGAACAUUCUCUCCCAAUAGGUAUAUGUUCUAUUCUUCCAGAAAAAGUAAGAAGCUCUAUAACUAAGUUGUGUUCUUUCUUCAAGUCAAUUUGCAGUAAGGUGAUCGAUCCUGCGAUCUUACCAAUGUUGCAAAAAGAAAUCGUUAUUACUUUGUGUGAGCUUGAAAUGUUUUUUCCUCCAUCAUUUUUUGACAUAAUGGUACAUCUAGUUGUUCAUCUUGUGAAAGAGACACAAUUGUGUGGACCAGCUUAUAUGAGAUGGAUGUACCCUGUUGAACGUUAUAUGAAAAUAUUAAAAGGGUACGUGAAGAACCGAAGUCGACCAGAAGGUUGUAUGGUUGAAAGAUACAUUGUUGAAGAAGCCAUUGAGUUUUGUACUGAAUAUUUGUCUAAUGUUCAAUCAAUCGGACUCCCCAAGUCUCAGCUUGUCGAAAAGAAAGAAGGAAAAAAUCUAAUUGGAAAUAAAAUCGUGGCAGUAUCAAGGGUCGAACGGGAUCAAAUGCAUUUGUAUGUUCUGCACAAUGAGAAUGAGGUUGAGCCGUAUGUUGAAAUUCACAAGGAUGUUCUCCGAGGUUUAAAUCCCAAUAGAAAUGAAAAUUGGAUAGUACGAGAGCACAAUCGAUGUUUUAUACCUUGGUUUAAGGAUCAUAUUUAUUCAAAGUAUUAUUCAGAUCCCGCUUCAAUAACAGAAAGGUUGAGAUGCUUAGCAUAUGGUCCAAGUUUCCAUGUUUUUUCUUAUAGCGCAUACGCGAUUAAUGGAUACACAUUUUAUACCAAAGAACAAGAUGAUAAAAGUACUAUGCAGAAUAGUGGUGUCACCGUGGUAGCUGAAGCAAUGCACAUAUCAAGUGUGAAGGACUUAAACCCCAAAUUUGCAAAUCUGUCGUAUUUUGGUGUUAUCAAGCGCAUUUGGGUGUUUGAUUAUGAGAAGUUUCAGAUUCCUAUAUUUGGUUGCAAGUGGGUUGAAAAUAAUAACGGCAUUCGAAUGGAUAAGUCAGAAUUUUUGCAAGUGGAUCUUAAUAGGGUGGGAUACAAAGAUGAGUCUUUUAUUCUAGCCUCUCAAGCUAGACAAGUGUUCUAUGUCAAUGAUCCGAAAAGUACGAAAUGGUCUAUAGUUCUUUUUCCCAACAAAGUAAUUGAUGAAAACACUGGAGAUCAAGGUGAUAUUGAUGUUGAGAUUGAAUCGUUUACCAAAAAAUGAUCAAGAUGAGAAUAUUAUAUCAAAUGAUUCAUAUAUUAGAAAUGAUCAUAAUGAGGGUAUUUGGAUCAAUCCAACCGUCCGUGUUGUUAAGAGACAUGUAGAACAUAUUCCAACCAAGAAAAGAAAGAGAACUUAGUGAAAAAGGUAAAAUGGCUAUUAUGAAGUCAAUCAUUGGUGCAAGGGGCAAGGGAUACUUGAAAGUAUCAAUUGAUAUUUGUUUAGAUGGAGAUGUUCCAUUGUCGUCAAGCCUCAUUCGCGUAGAUGAUGAUGCUGAAUAUUUGAAAGUAUCAAUUGAUAUUUGUUUAGAUGGAGAUGUUCCAUUGUCGUCAAGCCUCAUUCGCGUAGAUGAUGAUGCUGGAUAUUUGAAAGUAUCAAUUGAUAUUUGUUUAGAUGGGGAUGUUCCAUUGUCGUCAAGCCUCAUUCGCGUAGAUGAUGAUGCUGGAUAUUUGAAAGUAUCCCUCUACGACAAUGGAACAUGUCCAUCUAAACAAAUAUCAAUUCUAUCUUCAAAAGAUAAGGGACCAAAAAUAUAAGGGGAUUACGCAGCAAAUCGAGUCAGUUGCAUCAAAAAAAAGGUUCAUGCUAUUGAUAUUGAACAAAAAGAGGUUGUUGCUAAGAAGACUGCGGCUAGCAAAAAAAACAUACAUCUCAGAGAUGCCUUUGCUACUUAGUUUUAUUUCUUUUUAAGUUAUGAAUUGGUUGUAUAUUUAGAAUCUUUAGAAGUUAAACGAUUAUAUAUCAGUGGAUUGUUGUAUAUGUAUGGAUUGUUGUAUAUAAGGCUUGUUGAAUGCAAUGUGUGAA